AUGGAUUCAGAAACCACGCCCGAUCAUUACAAGGCCCUAGGCGUCGACAAACAAGCCGACGCCGCUACCAUCAAGUCGACGUAUCGCAAACUCGUCCUCAAGUGCCAUCCGGACAAGGUCACCGAUCCUGCCUUGAAAGAACAGAAGCAGGAGGAGUUCCAUCAGAUCCAGCAGGCCUACGAAUGCCUCAGCGACGAGCAGAAGCGGUCUGCAUACGACACGCUUCUGACGGUCGAGAAGCUGCGCAGGGAAAAGGCGGCGAGAGGACCCGCACCCCGCGACAAGAACGCACGCUUCGAUGUCCCCACACCGAGCGGUGCGCGCUACACUACCGAAGACCGCGUGCCCUCGCAGCACACCAGUGACGACCGCUACCACCAAGGACGCGACCGUGAACGCGCUCGUUACCAGAGCUACACCACCAAGCCCGCUCCCGCUUCCGCUCCCGCUUCUGCCCCUCGACCCACGCGGGAAAAGGAGUCGUCUUCGAGAAGCAGCCGACAUGUCAAAGAGGACCGCUCCCGAGCAGAACGCGAGAAGCCCCGCGUCAAGGAGGUCCGACCCGAACGCAAGCUCCCCGUCGUAGAUGAUGACUCGUCAGAAGACGAAAAAGGCCACUACGAGGCGGGGUACAAGCUGCGUACCGAACAGGAACGCCGCAAGACAGAAGAGCGCCGGUCCUAUGAGGAGCCUCCCCACACUGUGCCCGCACACCGCAAGAUGAGUGUACAAGCAGAGGAGGCACUUCGGUACCAACACAAGUCGCGCGCACAGGUUGAAGAGGAGAUGGCUCGCCCUUCGCCCCAGAGGGCUCCUUCACGCGAUUACUAUACCGCUGAACCUCGACCUGUCCGACGUGAAUCUUCGCGGCCCGAGCCUGUUCGCAGGUCAUCUGCCCGCCCGGGCAAAGACCGACCUUCCAUGUCCCGCCGUGAAACUGAUCGAACCGAUCGCGGCAUCCCCGAGGUUAUGGAGUGGGCCGAAGAGAGGCGCACUGAGGAAAGGCGACCACCCCUGUUCAAGCAGUCGACUUCGUCACCUAUCGAACUUGGUCGUAAUGUUCCGCAGCGCUCAUACACUGAGCGACUACCCCGACAUGGCGAGAACAUCCCAGCACCACCUGCAUUCCAUCGCUCUUCCACAAUGCCCUCGGUCCACUCGUCGUCUUCGCGCAGGAAAGAGUCUGCUGGUCCCCGCCCAUCUGGCCUACGCGAGGGUGUGACAAGCGAACAGUACAGUAGCCCCGAAAGGGAUGCUUUCCCCACCGUACCGCCACCACAGACCCCAGCUGGUGUCAAGACUACAUACUACUAUCCCGUCUCUGGCGGUGGCGUAUCUGUCCGACCAGAAGAGAUACCUAACUCAGCCCCUCGCCACGUCGUCCGCGAACCGAAACCCCGCCACCGCUCUCCGUCACCACUCGGCAAGCCUCCCAUCGGCGCCAACCGUCAUGUAGAACCUAUGGCUUCCUACAAGACUGCGCCACGGCCAAGCAUGUCGAGUCGCACCGAAUCUUCCCGCAACAUCUCACCUAUCCGUGGCUCCGAAGAACGCGGACGCUCCGCAAGGCAAUAUGGCGAACUCGGCAACGAGCCGCGCCACAGAGAUACCCUCCCGGUCCCAGGAUCCAGACCGGGCACACGUUUUGAUCUCUUCACGGCGUUUGGGGAAGGUGUUUCCACAUUUUCUCAUUUUUAGUCAUACUAUUUGGCAAUGUUUCGACCACACGCAAGUGCUGCGUUUUGUGUCAUGCAACGGCUGGCUGUUUUAGGUAUAUUUUUACCUUACUUCCGCUUCUUCAAGUCUCAAUACCAAUAUCAUGAUGAUUGUUUUUGGUUCUGGGAUAGCACGGUCGUGUCUAUGCUGGAUACUAUGCAAUCAGUAUCAUUAUAUUCCUAUCAUCUUCAUACUCAUACUUCACUCGCUUUCUUCUACCACUGUCGUUUGAAAUUGUUUGUGGUGAACGUCUUGGUUGCAUUGGAGUCACCCUGGGUAUUCUUGUUGUUUUGCUUUUGAUUAUCUUGUCUCACGGCAAAAUAUCUUUUUCCUCACUGUCGCUUAGUUUGUAACAGGAACAUUUGUAUCUUAUAGUCAUUCGCUUGGAGGCCAAGGCGUUUUGGUCGUCACUCUGGGGUCGUAAUUGGCAGUUUGGGAUUUGAUAGGCAUAUAUCAUUUUACAAAUGGUGCGAGCGUGGAGCAGGAAACUUGGAUAGCAUAGUCAGAUACGAAUUAAAUGUCACACAUACA